CCAACCCUCUGGCGCGAUGCUCGAUAUUCUCACGAAACCUCUCUUAAACUAUUGGAAUUGUUAUCAAAACAGAAAAAACGCUGGUUUUUAUCAUGAUAAUUUAAAAUAAAGUCAGAAUUGAGCUGGAAGCAUCAUCUAAUCAUUCAAGAUACUGUGUCUAUAGUGUAAAAAGAAAAAAAAAACAGGUUUUUUAAAAACGCUAUCAAUUAUAAAGAAAGAAUCACUUAUUUCAAAAGGUCUUGUGUGAAAAUUUAAAAAUUAAUUUUAAUUAUUGUAUUGUAUUAUAAUGUAAAUAUGCAGCUAGGAUGCGGAUGUCAAAAGACGAUAAAUCGUAUAUUUUCAGAAUGAGGUCGGAUACAACAAUUACAAAAGUAAGUGAUAGAGGGAUUUUCCGAUUAUUUUUAAUUUUCUGAAGUUUUUCCUUGUAUUGUUUUUUCUAUUGUAAACUUGACAGAAAAUAAAAAAUCUUAUUUCAAUUAUUCUUGUCUUGCUCAAUUUUCUGAAAUAACAAAUUAAAAAAAGUUGCUAUUAUGUUUACAUCAAAAGAAAUAUACGAAUAUUUGAAAUCAGCACUGAUAUUGACAUAAACUUUAAAUACUCCUACAGUUAGUAACAAGGCAAAAUAUCUUCAAUUCAAGAGUUCAGCACGCCUACAAAUUAUUGAAAAUGAAAGGUUCAAUUUUCCACAGUAUUAGUAAAGCAAAAUUUAGGAAUGGCUUUGAACAUUUUAUUGAACUUUGUUCAAGUUAAUCAAUCACUGACUGAUGUUCAUGUUUCGCACGUUUAUUAACUGUCUGAAGAUAACCUCAAAACAGUGUAGAAUCUCACUCUAUCUUUUUUUUCAGUCGUGCAUUCGAUCGACUUGUGGUAGAAUAGCGAAUCAAUAUAACCACAACUCACAAAGUAUCACAUACCUACAUUUAUUAGCAUUUACGAUUCACCGCUCAAAUAACUACUUAGACAGAUUUAAGUCAACUUUCAUGAAUUUUAAUAACUAAUAUUGAUUAUUUUCACAAAUAUACAGUACAUAUGUCAUCAUCCACUAUCCGUAAAAGCGAAUUUUCCUGCUCCUUAGAUCAGCUCAAGAUUAAUGCGAAAGCUUAUUCGUGAUUUUACCUUUAUCUUCUCUUAAUAGGACUCUUGUUAGAAUCUAAUGCCAUAUCUAUGCAUCUAUCUUCAUCUUGCUUCCUUUCAUUUCAACACAACACAUUGUUAUUGGUCAAGAAAAAUAUAAAGAGUCUAAUUUCGUGCCCUAAAUUACCUUUUGUGUACAUAUUCGUUCAGAUGCACACUUAACAGAUACCCGAAAAAAGAUUGCCCUGAGGGACACUGGUAUUCACAUUUUCAUACCUGUCUUACCACGAUAAUACGAGGAUGCCCGCAACUAGGCAUCUAAUGUGCUUCAAAAAAGUCUAAAGUGACUGUAAAUUUAAUCUCGUAGAAUCUGAAUAAACCUCAUUACUCAUAGUAUAACUUGUAACUUCUAUGAAGAUUCAAUAAGAUAUUCUCAUCAUAUAUAGAUUUGAAUAAGAAUGCUAAUGGAAUGUUAUUAAGAAUCAAUAAUCGACAUUGGUUAUCAAAAAUCCUCGAAUCCGACAAAAAUUAUGGGUUUUUUACUGGAUUUUAGCUAAAAGCAAAUCUUUUCACUCGUCACAAAGUGACAAAACUAGUAUAGUCUUGUAGAACUAAAUGAACUGAACAUUUUUGAUAGAGACAGUGACUUGAAAAUGUAUCAAGAUAUAUUCAAAAAUUUGAUUUUACUAUAUCCAGUUAAAAUAGCUGGUAUUCUAGAUUCGCCCCACAUAUAUAUAUGUGAUUCUUGAUUCACCCCAAAUGGGGCGAAUCGAUAAAAUUUUUUUUCUUGGUGGUCUUAAAAGAAGAUCUCGUACUCGAGUUCACUAGAGACCUAUUUGAUGAAACUAGGAUAAGAUUGUAGGAAAAUGAUUGAGCUAUAUAUUAGUGAAAAAUUGGUCGAAAUCGGAAUAAAAUUGGAUGAAAAACUUUGAUUUUAUUGUCAAUGCUAAAAUUGACUAUAAUUCUAGAUUCGCCCCAAUAUAUAUAUAUAAUUCUUGAUUCACCCGAAAUUGGGGCGAAUCAAGAAUGCUUUAGGUGCUCUCAGAAAAACCGGCGUAGAGUCUGUUUCCGAUGAGAUUUUGAAAAUCUGAAAACGGGAUGUUCAAGAAAAAUGUUUGCUCUACAUUGUUUGUGAAGAAAAUUUUUUUCUAUCUUCUAAAAUGACGAAGAUAUAGAGCAAAAAAGACAAAAGUGUAAAAAAAUUUCUUGAUUCGCCCCGCAUGGCUCUAUCAUUCUUUUACGUUAUUUUAAUCCUGUUGGUGCUCAUAAAACAGGUUUAAUUGGUGAAGAUCCUAUUGGUAAACCAUAUAAUCUUAUGCCAUACAUUGCACAAAUAGCUGUUGGUCGUUUACCAUAUGUUAAUAUUUUUGGUACUGAUUAUGAUACUCUAGAUGGUACAGGUGUUCGAGAUUAUAUACAUGUUGUUGAUGUAGCCAUAGGUCAUAUUGCAGCAAUGAAACAAUUUGAAACGAAUUGUGGUUUAAAAAUUUAUAAUCUUGGUACUGGUAAAGGUUAUUCUGUAUUAGAAAUGAUUAAAGUGAUCUUGCAACUGUUUGUUUAUGCUGAUCCAACAUUAGCAGCUCAAGAACUUGGAUGGACAGCUCAACGAAAUUUAGAUGAAAUGUGCGAAGAUUUAUGGCGUUGGCAAUCGAAUAAUCCAAAUGGAUUUCAAUAG